AUUAUGAAGAAAACCUUACGAACACAAGUGGCUUAAGUUUGGAGAAGGGUUUUUAAUCUGACAGAGUGAAAGCACAAAAAGCUAAGGAUAUAUUCGAUAUCAAGAAAAUAAACAAGAUGGUGGCUCUAGCUAAAAGCAUCACAGAAUGCCCGGACAUAGAGCGCAUUUGGCACGUGGAGCGUUCCAAUACUAGCGUUAGUGUAACAACUGGGAAGUUUCUUCUGAGUCAUAGUGACGUAGGGCCUUACAUACAUAUCAUCUGUCCAGAAGGUUCCCAUGUCGUAGGUCCAAGUAUGAUCACGUGUCUUGAAGGCGGAGCCUGGGAUGACGUCACAGAACCGUCGUGCUCAACUUCAAGUCUCUAUGGUGUCGCACAGUCUGAUAUAGUGCUGAUAGGCGUUCUGGCUGGGUGUGGCGCUAUAGUUAUCCUGGCACUUACAAUUAUACUGGCUCACUUGUUGUGUUUCAAGAAAAGAGACAUUCAUUCAGCUAGGUCAACGGAUAGAUUGGAAAGAAAUUCGGACAGUCCGCCAUCAACAUCCAUUUACCUAGAUGACAAACAUUUCCAUUCCAUAUCUACACCGACCAGCGCCAUGCUAAAUGGUCGUCCAUUGACUCACGUAUCCCGUAGCAACCAUAACUACGGUAGUCACGUGACACAGAAUUAUGACACCAGAUCGCUCGCAAGUUCGGUGAUAAUGUCGUAUAAUUCAGGGGAGCAUGAAUAUUCAUUACCUAGGUACUAUUUACAACGACAGUUAGAAUAUCCGCAUCCGGCGUCAAUUGACAUUGAUCACGUGUACACUGACCCAACCAUGUCGGCGCAUGCGCAGCAGCUGACGGCUACACCGAUUGAAGAUGACAACGUGUUUGUAAAUGAAGCUUUUACUGAAGAAUUUCCUUCCAGGGAUUACAGAGCAAACUGGGAAAAUAGCAUUAAUUCACACCAAGCAAGAGCGUCCUCAUUGAACUCAUUACCGCCGCCCCCAGUGUUUUCAUACGACAACAGGACUACUUUUUAAGCUUGCACAUGCGCAGUAAAUUCAACAGACGAUAGUUCAAAAGGACACUUUGUAAAACACAAUGAGCUAGGACAGCAUGUGUAUGUUAUAUAUUACAAAACGUCGGGUAUGAGGUCUAAGCCGAAAGAGUUCUGUGCAAUAUUUGUAACUCUGGUUAAACUGUAUUGUAAAUUGGGUGUCAUGCAGGUGCGUGUAUGUUGUGCACGAAUACUGAUUGAAUGAUAUACUGUGUGUUCCCUGCCUAGAAAUCCCAAAUGGUUGAUAAAGGUUUCUUCUUUAUUGUUAUAUGCUGGCAUAAUAAUUUUAAACAAUUAACAAUAAGACAGCUCGAUGGAAUGAGUGAUCAAAUUGCCUAUCUGUCUGGACAAAUUAAGUCUGGAUCAAAAUCCUUGCUGCAUUGAAAAUAUGAAAAAUUGGACAUACUUACUUUGAGUAAGACAAGAGACUUGAUAUAUUGAGUUAGUUAUGAAGUAUUUAUUAAACUAUGGUUUCGAUGUGUUUUAAUAUUAACAUAGAUCUAUCAUGUGGCAAGUUGGUGCAUUUGUUGGAAUUACUGAGAAAUAAAUUCAGCCUAUGUAUUUUAUUUCGAAUGGCGAUUACACAAAAAACGCGGCUGUCUUUUACGAUUUUUUUGUCUUUUG